AUGUCCGACCGCGCCCGUCAACUCGGCUUGACUGAGUGGGGCAACCCCGUCACCACCACCUGGACCAGCGACUUUGCAUGGGCCUUGUUGCAGGCUCGAGCUCACCGAAACGUGAACUGGAGAGUCCGCCGCCGGGCUCAUGCAAGGUCGAACCCAAGGUGGUCCAACCCUAACCGGCCAGGGUACGCCGCAUAUGCCCAGCAGGCGGGAACUGAUGCCCCGCCUGGCCAGGAGUGCACUCGGUGCGCCCGCGGCCGCGCUGCCUUUGGCACGUGUGCAGUGUUGGUCUUUGAUGGCGAUAUUGCAUACAACGGUAGUUGCAUCGCCUGUGGAUACGGCGAUGUUGCAAACCAGUGUUCUCACCGGAGCCAACUACCGCAAUACGUCUAUGAUCUGGUGGCCGCUGAGAAUCCAGAUCAUCCCAUCCUGCAGCUGCCGGCAAAUGCAGCCCUGGCGCGGACGACGGCCCAGCCCGCGAACCAGACAGUAAUGGAGUAUGAUGCUCCCGGGUCCGAUCCCUUUGUCGACCAUUCCGAAGCCUUUGUCGACCAAGCUGAGCUCGAGUCUCUGUUGCUCUCGAGUGACAGUUCCUCUCUGAGCUCGCUUGGUGCGACCCCGAAUUCGGCCGCCGAUUCAGAAAGCUCCCAGAGAACGGCGCAGCAACCCCUCCUGGUCAUAAGUGAUGAUAGUAGCUCUCUGAGCACUAUUAGCACUCCGACCCCGAAUUCGGGAGGUGAGGAAGAACCAACAGAGUUCUAUUUCGGUCCAUGGGGCUCCUUUUAG